AUGUAUGUUCAACGGGAGGUGUUUGGUGAUGAAGUGAAGGCUUUAUCAAGGGAAUUGUCAGUUGGCAAGAGUAGUCCAAUAUAUAAGCUUGAUCCCUUUCUUGAUUCUGAGGAUGGUUUAUUGAAGGUUGGAGGUAGGAUAAGAAGGUCUGACAUUCCACAGUCUGCCAAACAUCCCAUACUGUUACCAAAGAGGCAUCAUGUGACUACAUUGUUGAUACGACAUGAGCAUGAAUUAUUAGCUCAUUCAGGUAGAAACCAUGUUCUCUCAAAUCUAAGGCAGGAGUAUUGGAUCAUCAAUGCUAAUGCAACUGUCAGGAAUGUGUUAUUUCAUUGUGUUACUUGCAGGAAGUUGAAAGAACCAGCUUUGAGUCAAAAGAUGGCUGAUCUUCCAGCAGACAGAUUGGAACCUUCACCACCAUUCAGUAAUGUUGGUAUUGACCUCUUUGGACCCUAUUACAUCAAGGAAGGAAGAAAGGAAUUAAAGAGGUAUGGUGUGAUAUUUACCUGCUUGGUUAGUAGGUCAAUUCAUAUUGAAACUGCAAACACUUUACAAUCUGACUCUUUCAUAAAUGCUUUGCGAAGAUUUGUUUCUCGAAGAGGUCAUCCCAAGGUUAUCAGAUGUGAUAAUGGAACCAACUUCCAUGGGGCUGAGAGAGAACUUAAGGCAGCUCUUGAUGAGAUGGAGGAAAAGAAGAUUGAGAAGUAUUUGUCGCAUCAUCAUAUUGAAUGGAAAUUCAAUCCACCUGCAGCAAGCCACAUGGGUGGUUGUUGGGAGCGCCAAAUCAGAACAGUUAGAAAAGUGUUGUCUGCACUGGUGAAGGAAUUUGGUGAAAGGCUAAAUGAUGAAAGUUUACGGACUCUGCUUUGUGAGGUUGAGAGCAUCGUCAAUUCAAGACCGUUAACCACUGUAAGUGACAGCGUAGAUGACCUUGAGCCACUAACUCCAAACCAUUUGUUGAUUCCAAAAUCUUAUGUGAUCCCUCCCCCUGGCUUGUUUCAAAAGGAUGAUGUUUACAUGAGGAGAAGCCAUGGCUACUUAUUGCCACGCCGGUCCCAAGCCCGGAUAAAUGGGGAGGGUUGGGUGUGGGCUCGUAACCUGCAUCAUAAAAAGAUACCCCUACGACAGAAACUGUUACAGUUGGGGUUGCGAACAUUGGGAGAUGUGAGCUUCACCAUGGUCCUGAGGAUACUAAUGAGGCCCGAGCCAGGGUGGCCAUGGACCUUGGUCCCAUACUUCGAACUGGCUCAUAUGAUGUUUUCUUCCCAAACCCACAAGAAAUUGGUGGGAGGAGGUUGGUGGAAGAUGGUCACAGAGGUGCCUCACCAGAAGGGAGUCGGCCACCCUUCAACAUAA